AUGGGACUGACACGUUCGGGGAUGACCUUACCCCGCUGGGAGCACCCAGUGACGAGCGGCAAUUCUGGAUCCAACGUGCGAAAGAGUUAUAACUCAGAAGCGAUCGCCACCUGGCCAUCAGUGUUUGACAACCCAGAUACCGCAAAGGAAUAUCAGCCCGGAGCCGAUUGGCAGAAUUUGCACCGAUUUGACCCCUCUGCACGAUGGACUUGGGGUGAGGAGCAUCAAUUAAUUCGCAAAAUUGACCUUUGGAUUAUGGUCUUUAUUUGCUUUAUGUUCGCGGCUCUGGAGCUUGAUCGAUCCAACCUCCAGCAGGCUCUGACUGACAAUGUCUUAAACGACCUUGGCACGAACACGAAUGACCUACAACCUCGGAAAUACCGUUUCUGUCUCUCGUUUCUUUGUGCUGAAUUGCCCUCGCAACGUGUCAGUACAUGGGUUGGGCCAGAUAGAUGGAUCCCAACACAGAUGGUCCUCUGGUCGGCUGUGGCUAUGGGCCAAUAUGGCCUGCAGGGGAAGAACACCUUCCUAGUCUGUCGUGCACUCAUUGGUAUCUUACAAGGUGGUUUUAUUCCUGAUGUGAUUCUGUAUCCGUCGUAUUUCUACAAGCACCAAGAGCUCUCGCUUCGAUUAGGAUUCUUUUGGACUGUAAUGAAUAUUGCAGAUAUCAUUGCAAGAGCUUCUUGGCUUUUGGACUAUUGCACUUGCGUGGCGUUCAAGGACGAUCAGACUGGCGCUGGUUAUUUCUGCUCGAGUCUUAAGGGUCUUAUCACUCUCUUGAUGGGUCUCUCAGCUUAUGUUCUUAUGCCCCAUGGACCGUGCCAAACAGCCAAUUGGUCGCGAGACAAGUCCGGGUGGUUCAGUCCACGCGAGACGGUCAUGGCCAACAGGGUUAUCCGGGAUGAUCCAAACACGACAGGAACUAAUGAACGUUGGCUGCCAUGCGGCACCGAGUCUACAGAUCUGACAAGUGAAACCCCCAUGGAAUGA